AGUAAAAUUGGAAGAGAUAGUUGCAGGUGAUUAUGAAGAGAUUGGUGAUGGCUUCUCUUAUACACCAAAAGACCAAAAAAAAGGUCGACAAAAGCAUGAAGAGGAAGAAUUCUCUAAGAAUGAAGAAGACAGGCAUAGAAGGGAAAAAAAAAAGAAUAAACAUAAUCCUGAGUAUCCCCCUUGUAGGGAAGACACCUCUGUAGAUAUUUGGGACUCUCAAAAAAGGAACAAGAAAAGAAAAAGAAAGGAAGAAGUUAGUGGAAGAAAUAGACUCACAGAAGGUAAGGAAGAGAGCUCUACUGACCAAUCUAAAAAGCGUAAAAAAAUGGAGAGGGAGAAACAGUUGGCAACAAAAAAGAAGGAUGAAAAGCAGACAAAGGCCGCAGGAGCAAAGAUGGCUUUAGAACAGGCAAACAAGAGCUUUUUGCUAAAUUCUGGUAAAAAUAACACCAAAAAUACCACAACACAGUCCAGAAAAAAGAGGGUGGGAUCUUCAGAUUCCUCUAGCACAUCAUCUAACAGUGACAGCAGUGAAUUAAACGUAAAGCAAAAUAAAUCUUCCCAUAAACCUGUGGUGGCAACACUUUCCAAAGGCAAAUCCCAAGCUGCUGCAAAUUCUGAUGUGAAAACUGUUGUUUCUAGUAAAGAGACUGUAAAGUCUAAAGCUGAAAAUUCCACUAAGGCUGCAGUUAGUAAAAAUGCUAAAAAAUCCCAGUCCUCUAGUUCAGAUUCGGACUCAAGUACAGAGGAUGAGGAAGUGGGAACAGCACAAGACAGUACUGCAAAGGAAAAGUCUCGGCCUAACGACGUGGCAGCUGGAAAAAACAGUACCGCCAAGGCUCCCAAAGCAAAGACCUCCUCUUCAGAGUCUGAUAGUUCAGAUUCGGAAAUGCUUGUUAUUAAAAAACCUGCAGCAAAUGCUGGACUGAGUAAUUCCAUAGUAAGAAAUUGUAUUAAACAGUUGCCAAGCAGAGUUCAAGCACCACUUGCCAGCCCAGGUCGUGGAAGGGGACGUGGAGCAGGAGAGGAUAACUUCUGGAGAGGACCUAGGGGCUGUGGGUUUCGUGGGAUGAUGAGGGGCCAAGGCCAUGGGAGAGGACCAAACCCUGGCUUCUUCUAUAACUACGGCAGUGAAGGCCAGAAACAGAGGCAGUUAAAUGAAGCUGCGACAAACACUUCUGUCCUUGUCCAGAAUCCUGUGGAGGUCCCCAAGAGAGACUAUAGUGUGUUACCUCUUCUAGCUGCUCCGCCACAAGUGGGAGAAAGGAUCGCCUUUAAGCGCUUGGAACUAACUGAAAAUUACAGUCCUGAAGUUUCAGACUACAAGGAGGGAAAAAUAAUCAGUUGGAACGCUGAUAAAAAACAGAUCGAGCUUGAGAUCCUUUCAGCAUCACCAGCACAAUUUGCUAAAGAGCCAGGGAAAUUCGAUCUGGUUUACCAGUCUGCGGAUGGAGCAGAACUGAUAGAGUACGCUGUUCCCCAGGAUACGAAGAUAACUGAAAGUUGGGAUGCGCUGAUAGAGCCGAGACUGAUUGUGAAGCCUCCAGUUAACGGAUCCGGCACCGAAAAUGGAACAAUCUGAGAGCAAAUGUAAAUAACUGUGUGGACUUGUUUUGUGAAAUCCUGCCGUCUAGUUCUGAGGGCAGCAGAUGCACUGGUGGAUAUUUUUACUAAAUGGUUUUAAAA